GUUCCUUUGAGUCUAGUCAAUCGAAAACAAAGCCAGGUAAAUAUAUAAGAUAAGCUUAUAAAUCAAAAUGCCUAGCGUCCGAGGAAGUUGUCAGCUCGAUUAUGCACGGGAACGCAUGUGGGAACCCGGCUACCUCAAGGCCAGGUGUGCAGACUUGCGCUUGGAGAGCGAGUUCCGAUUGUAUCGGAUACGCCUUUGGAAGAGUUACCUCCUCACUUUCUUUAUGCUGCAUAUUUUCGUCACCAGUCUGCACUGUGCCCUACUUUUAGCCACAAUUGAGCGCCGAUCAAUUAUCUAUUUUGACGUGGCCCUUUCCAUGGGAUGCUCAUUGGUGCUUAUACUUGUGCUGAGUGUUAACUUCUGCGAUGAAUUUAUAGCGAAGCACACGUGGUAUAUGUAUGCCAGCUCGAUAUUUGCCUCCCUGACUUUGGUAUUCGCUGACCUAACUGAAUCGAUUUACCACCACUAUGCGCACAACUGGAUACUGGGCACAUUCUACGACACCUACAUACUAUACAUGAUAUACAUGUUCCUGCCGAUCCACUUCAUAAGCGGGGCAGUCCUGCUGGCCCUGUUAGUGUCCGGCAUCUAUAUACUCUACUUCGUGCUCUUCAUUGCCCAGGGCUUCGUGGAGUUUAUGUCUGCACUGUUCUCAGUCGGCGGAAUGUCGGUGGACAUUGUGCACUACCUGUGCCUUAAUCUCGUGGGCAUAUUCUACCGCGUUAUGAACGACACGGUGGUGCGCUCCUCCUUCCUGGACAGACACCAGUACAUCAAGGAAAAGAUCUGGCUGCGCAACGCCCGGCUGCAGGAGAAGCAGUUGCUGGACAGUAUCCUGCCACCGCAGAUCUCGCUGCCCCUGCAGAAGGACAUUCAGGGCAGGAUCAUAAUGGCCAAGCAAGGCAUUCACUCCUGGACAGUCAUGGAGCGCACAAUGGCCAUCCAGAUCCAUCCCGAUGUCUCCAUCCUGUAUGCAGACGUAGUGAACUACACUCAGCUGACCACCACACUGACGGUUGAAAAAUUGGUGAAGCUCCUUCACGAUCUCUACGGCAGAUUCGAUAUGGCUGCCUCCCGCUUCAAGGUCCAGCGCAUCAAGUUCCUGGGGGACUGCUACUACUGUGUGGCGGGUCUGUCGGAUCCCGAUCCCGAUCACGCCAACAACUGUGUUUCCCUAGGCCUCUCCAUGAUCACCCACAUCAUGGAGGUGCGGGACAUACACAGCUUGGACAUCAAUAUGCGCAUUGGAGUUCACUCGGGCAAUCUGUUUGCAGGGGUCAUCGGGGAGGCCAAGCUGCAGUUCGACAUAUGGGGAUUGGAUGUUAACAUUGCCAAUGCCCUAGAAGCAACUGGAGUGCCGGGAGCCGUGCACAUAAGUAGUGCCACUUUGAACCAUCUGGAUGUUGAUCGCUUUGCAAUUGAGGAUGGACCUGAAAACGCCCGGGAACAUCCCUUUCUGAAAAAAUACAGAGUUGGAACAUAUACAGUUCGGGAAGACUUUCAAAUGGAUGAAGAAGAUAGUGACGAGUUUCUUAGCCAACUUCAUGCCCUCUCCCUGUGCGACAUGGGAGCAAAACCAAGACUGAGUGACUCUGCUAAUCAAAAUAUUCGGGCGGUUUUCCACGAAGAGUUGCGCGAAGAAUUUCGCAAGAUGCCGGUCAGUGCAAUUAAUCCCAAAAGGCUAUUCGGCAUUUGUCGAUUCAACACAGAGCAAGAAGUCCCUGCACACCAACAGUUGAACAUUUGCCUGACCUUCAACGAUUCGGCCUUGGAAAGACAAUAUCUGAAGCAACCCGACUAUAUGUUCAAGUAUAGCAUUAUUCUGAGCUGGUGCGUUGGGUGCUCCCUGGUGUACAUUGAACUGAUGGACACCCAAGUGGUAUGCCCCACCUGCUUCAUCCUGCCAGCCAUAGUGGCUAUACUACAGGCCAUCCUGACCUUCAUCGCGUGGUACAAGAAGUAUUGCUGGACCAGAUAUGGCCAAUACAGCGUGCCCCAUCACUACAACCGAUUCAGUUGCUUCAUAUUUAAAGUCCAUGAUAGGAUACUCAACAGCCUGCCCAUCCGCAUCUGCAUAUACCUCUUCCUGGUGAUAUCGAGUUUUAUUGUUAUGUGCGUAAUUGUGAUGAGCUGCAAACGCGAAGAAUUCGAGAUGGCUUAUAUCGAGGAAAGACUAUUUCACUAUGCUCAAGAAGCCAAGAUAUGCUUUCACCCCUGGGUGACGACCAACAUGUUGUCCCUGAUGAUUUGCUUGACCUUCACAUUCACCCGCAUACCCAUCAUGGUGAAGACAGCAGUGGCCAUUUUGGAGACGCUCGGCUAUCUGCUGCUGAUUUUCUUCCAGUUCGAUUUCGUCUUCCACCACAGCGUUACGACAAACCCCUAUCUCAAAUCCGAGUACGCCCAUGCCCUCUUAAUUUGCAUCACCUUCCUGACAAUGUUUGUGAAGGAGCGCCAAAUAGAGUUCACCAACAAAGUAAACUUCAACUGGCGUGUUGAUCUGCGGAGAGAGGAGAAUGAGGCCAGCCUUACAAAUCAUUCGAUCAUAAUUAUCCUUAACAACAUACUGCCUUCUCAUAUUGUGGAUGUGUAUCUUAAUUCUUUGGCCAAACAUGAACUCUACACCGAAAACUAUAAAAUGGUCUCCGUCAUGUUUGCCAUGCUAAUUAACUUUGAAAUGGAUCUGCGAAGCCUAAGAGUGCUCAACGAGAUUAUUGCCGAAUUUGACACUUUGUUGCUGUUCUACAAGGAGUAUUACACGGUUGAGAAAAUCAAAAUCGUCGGAUGCACCUACAUGGCGGCGUGUGGACUUGAUCUCAACUUUGCUGGCUCCACUAGUACAAAUCGCAAAGCGGACAUACCUCCUGGAAACCUUGAAAGAUCCAGCCGAAGACUUUUGUUCGUAGACGACGAGGGGGAACUCGACGAAGUGGUCUUCGUGAUGGCCUCCUAUGCGCUGGACAUGAUGCGAACCCUGGCCAAAAGCAAUGAGGUGUACCAGAACAUUGCGGGCGAUCGGAAUAUCACGGAUGGAACCAUCGCCAUCGGCAUUUCCAGCGGCGAGGUGAUGGCCGGCAUUGUGGGUGCCUCACAGCCCCAUUACGACAUCUGGGGCAAUCCGGUUAACAUGGCCUCGCGAAUGGAAUCCACGGGGCUGCCAGGACACAUCCAGGUGACGGAGGAGUCGUCCAAAAUUCUGCAAGACUUCGGCAUUUCCUGUUCAUAUCGCGGACUGACAUUCGUAAAGGGGCGUGGCCAAAUUCCUACCUAUUUGGUGGAUAUUGAUGAGAACCUGAACUUCAUUCCAAAGGCGGCCUCGCGACUCCCCAGUCACCAGGAGCGCAGCACGGUUAUAUCGCUGCAGUCCACCUAUUCUCAUCCUGAUAACAGUAUUAACAGCAUGUCCAGACACACUUUUCAAAGUUUAUAA